AUGAAAUUGAUUGAAAUUUCUAGUUUUUAAUUUUUUCGAUAAAAACGAAAAAAAGUAUCAAAAGUGAACUGCAAAUAAGAAAUAAAAUAAUAGCUUAUCCAGAAUUAUGUGUUGACUAAGGUUAGAUAGCUUAGUUUUAAACAAGUUAUUCCAUUUACAACAAUCCUAAAACUUGAAGAAGAAAAAAGAUUUUCAAUAGAACUAAGAAUAGUUGUACUCGCAAAAGAAGCUUACAUACUUAUUUCAAAUUACUAGCUAAAGUGCACAAUUUGUUGCUAGGAAAAAGUAUUAGAUUUAUAAUCCAAAUAAGUAACCUGGCAAUCCGAAUCAAAAAAGCUAUAAUUUUCAAGACAAGUGCAGCUAUUACCUAUAAUUAUUUAUCCUUUCUUAUCACAUAUUAUACAAGAAUUAUCUAUAAAUAAAUAAUUAUUAGGCUAACAACUUAAACAGCUUGUAAAUGAAGCUCCACUACAAGUUAAGCAUGACUUAUUACAAGAUAUACAUUCUCUGUCUCUAUUUAUUUAAAAAUAUUUAAUGACUAUUCAAUAAUCAAUUAAUUUAUUAUCAGUUAAGUUAAAUUCAAAAGCUUUUUAAAUUAAAAAAUUUUUUAAAUACAAAUAAUUUAAUUCAAAAAUUUUUUUUUUUAAAUUUUAAAAAUAAUAUUUAUUCCUCACUUAAUAUUUAUUUCCUACUACACAAAUAAUUAUCAGUAUAAAAAGUAUAUGUUAAACAUAUUAUAAUAAUAAGAGUUGCCUGAAAUAAUUAAUUAAGUAGUUUUAUUUAAAAUAGCUAGGUAAUUUUUAUUUUAAUAUUAAUAAAUUACUUUUCAAAGAAUUAUUCAUCACAUCCAGUAAGACAAAUUCCAUUUUAUUAAAAAUAAUAUGA